CUUGUAUACAAUCCACCAUUACUACCCACCGACACUUCUAGGGCCGUACAUUCACCCGUGCGCCGAGUACUGAGACUCUCGGGUACCACCUCUACUUUGCACUCUACGCGACUAUUGGCGGCCUUGACUGCGACAACCAGGGGCGAUCUCGCCCUCCACACCACCCACGAAUACGAUCUUCUCUGUCCACAAUGAGACGGUCAGACGCAAUAUGUCCCAGCGCCUUGCUGGGACUCUUGCUUGCUCUUGCGCCCACACCCGGCUCAGCGUUUUACUUCCCAGGCACUGCGCCUACCUCGUACAAAAAGGGAGAUGCUGUUCCUCUCUUCGUCAAUCGACUUACGCCCACCGAAUCGCGGAACGACCCAAAACUACGCUCAGCAUUCUCCUUUGACCAUUAUGACCCGCAUUUUCACUUCUGUCAGCCAGAGGGUGGCCCCAAGUACAUCCGCGAAUCUCUAGGGAGCAUAUUGUUUGGCGAUCGCAUACAAACGAGUCCCUUUGAGCUCAAGAUGGCAACAAACGAGACGUGCAAAUCCUUGUGCGGACCUCAAGAGUAUGCACCCGAAGACGCAACAUUUGUGAAUCAAAGAAUCUUGAACGGAUUCGACUUCAACUGGUUGAUUGAUGGGCUACCGGCUGCACAAUUGGUGACGGAGUCAGAAUAUGACGAACCAUUCUACAGUCCUGGAUUUGAUCUGGGAAGAGCACCAGAAGUCCAAAUGCCGGAUGGAGGCUCCGACGUUGUUGCGACCCUAAACAACCACUAUGAUAUUGUGAUUGACUAUCACGAAGCCAGCAAGGACAACUUCCGCGUCGUGGGCGUGAUUGUUGAACCAUCUUCGUACGCCGAUAAUGCGCAAUACAUCAACAACGCCGAGGGCUACUGUGGCAAUGACCAGAACCCGGUAGUACUAAGCAUAGACGCUGGGCAGGCCAGUAGUGUGACCUUCACCUACAGUGUCUGGUGGCGUCUGAGCCCUACACCCUUUGCUACCCGAUGGGACAAAUACCUUCAUGUUUACGACCCCAAGAUUCACUGGUUCUCACUUAUCAAUUCCGCAGUCAUCGUAGUGUUCCUCAUAGGCAUGGUCAGCACCAUUCUAGUGCGCACGCUGAAGAAGGAUAUUGCCAGAUACAAUCGUCUUGACCAGAUGGCGCUUGACGACUUCGGAGACGGCGGCGCUAUUGAAGAUGGUGUUCAGGAAGACUCGGGCUGGAAGCUGGUCCAUGGCGACGUUUUCCGGCCGCCUAAGCAUCCCUUGCUGCUAUCUGUACUUGUCGGCAACGGAGCUCAGCUCUUCAUGAUGACCGGGCUGACUAUCGCAUUUGCCUUGUUGGGAUUCCUCUCUCCAAGCAACCGUGGUGCGCUCGGAACCGUCAUCAUUAUCUUCUACACCCUCUUUGGCUUUGUCGGCGGAUACGUUUCCUCGCGUCUCUACAAGUUCUUCCAGGGCGAAUCAUGGAAGUUGUGCUUCUUUUACACUCCUUUCGCCAUUCCCAGCUUUGCAUUUGCAACCUUCUUCCUGCUCAAUCUCUUUGUUUGGGGACGCGGGGCAUCUGGCGCAGUUCCUUUCACUACCAUGCUGGUCGUUGUCAUAAUUUGGUUCGUCAUCAGCGUUCCACUCAGCUUCGCAGGUUCCUGGCUCGGGUUCAAGCAGGCCGCCAUUGAACCGCCGGUGCGAACGAACCAGAUUCCUCGACAGAUCCCUCCCACCGGCGGCUACCUCCGACCUCUCCCGUCGAUGGCUCUUGCUGGAAUCCUUCCUUUUGGCGCAAUUUUCGUCGAGCUAUACUUCAUCGUAAGGUCAAUCUGGUUCUCGAAGGUCUACUACAUGUUCGGAUUCCUCUUUAUCUGCUACGGCCUCAUGAUCAUGACGAGCGCUGCGGUCACCGUAUUGAUGAUCUACUUUCUCCUCUGUGCGGAGAACUACCACUGGCAGUGGAGGAGUUUCUGCACGGCGGGAGCGAGCGCUUUCUACGUCUUCGCAUCUGCAUUGAUCUAUUGGAUGAAGGAUGUGAGCUUCUUCAGCUGGACUAGUGGUGUCGUAUACCUCGGAUACAGCGCACUUCUCAGCGUACUUGUGUUUGUCUUGACUGGUACGAUCGGAUUUCUCGCCAGUGGUCUAUUUGUCCUCAAGAUCUACAAAUCUAUCAAGGUCGACUAGUUGGACACGGGUAGCAAAAACAAGCGCCUACAGUUUUGCGCUUCAGCGUGUAAGCAUUUCUCAGGAUACCAAUUGUCUGUACCGAUAUGUAUGUGGGUUGUAUUCAAUGGCGGCAUUUUGCACUACUGGUUUAGAAUCUGCGGACUCGUAUGGCGUUUAGCUUCCGGGUAUCACAUGUGCACCAAUCGAUCGUCUCUUCAGCAUGCUUUUGAUAGGCAUGUUUGAAAAAUUAAGCUC